CAAUCCUUACCAUAAAACAAAACGAUACGUUUCUCGAGUGCUACUAAGCCCAUUCAGUAAAUUUCUAAAUUUCCUAAAUUCUGUUAACGUUCGCACUUCAAACCGUUUGGCACGGACCAUGAAUUCCAACGAUUUUAUCUAUAUCCUAAUACUAUUUCUCUUGUUGGCUAUCUUGUUAUUUAAGAGCCGAACCAAUAGCAAUUCGGAGGACACAGACGACACUACGUUGGACCGCUCUAGACGAGCCUCCAGCCUAACGGAUCGCCAGAACAAUGUGGAACUUGGACGUCAGCAUAGUCGCUACGGUGAUAUUUUCUACAUUGAGCCAAAUAGUCAGGAGGCCGCUCGCAUACGGGAGCAGCUGGAAAAGGAUGAGAAGGACUUGCCCAGCUAUGAUGAAGUGAUGCGUAUGUGCAACCUAACGAGCCCCACGGCAGCUGCAGCAGCCCCAACGCAAUCGUCAAUAAUGGAAACGAGUGUCAUCGGCAUUGCUGCGCUGCCCGCUCCACCAUAUUCAGAGAUUGAUCCGCAUCAAAAUGUUGUGCCGGCAUCUCCCACAACUGCCACUGUUACAGCAGCCAACACGUCAGAGCCCUCACCGUCUACUUCGCGUGCUGCCCAGAUUCCAACGUAGCAAUAGCUCCAGUUAUCCAAAGCAUACACACCACACUCAUACACAGACACACAAACAGACAGGACAAAUAGUGUGAACCUGUCGCUGCAGCAUUCCAGUGCCACUCUGAGCCUCACAAAUAUCUAAAUUUGUGU